GUUCAUUUUUGAAUGAACUUUCACUUUAAAUCUAAUUCUGUUUUAACAAAAAACUCCAACUAGUGCCUUCUCAGCACUUGAAUUGCUUAUCUGGCUCAUUCUUUCAUAUACUGUAGAUUAAACUCAAGGUAAAAAAUAAAGACAAACAUCAUUCCUAAAUACUGAGUCAUAGUGCUGUGUUUCAAGAGAAAGGGUGAGUGGUCCUAUUCCACCAAAUUCUUCCUGCGUUGAUGUCGACUGUGCAAUUAUGCAAUGCACAGCUGCCCCACCCACACUUUCUUUCUCUCUCUCCUCUGAUAUUAAUGGCAAAGCUGUUGCACUUUGAGGCAGUUCUCUUCAGUUCUCGGUCUCAGUUUAGAUCACUGUAUUUGAGAACAUGAAACUGGUGUACGUGUGCUGUUCUCUGCUGAUUGUCGUCUGGCAGGAGGUAGAGGCUUCUGGUAGUGGCCCCUCUGGGGUUCUGGACAGGGUGUCAGGAGGUUCCAGCUGCUCCCAGGUGAGACUGAAGCCAGCUGGGCAGUGUGAAGAUGAGGAAGAGUGCCCGUACCAGAUCACACUGCCACCGCUGACUAUCCAGCUUCCCAAACAAUUCCGACUGCUGGAGAAGACCAUGAAGGAACUGCAAAGCUUGAAGGAGACAGUAAACAGGUUGAAGAGCUCCUGUCUGGAGUGCAGCUCACAGCAAGUGGACCUCAACUUGCAGAAGGACAGCGGAGACCCUCCGACAAACAGCGCAGAGCAAAGUCAAGGGGAUACCAGAACGAGAGUCUACCGGAAUGGGAACAACAGUGAUAAUGACAUUGUACAACACAUGCAGGUGAAGAUGAAUCGCAUGUCUAUCAGCCUGAAGAAUGCACGUUCACAGAUUAACUCCCUUCAGGGCCGUCUGGAGGAACUUAACCUCCUCAAUCUGCAAAAUGUGGAGGAUAUAGUGGACAGAAAAGUUGAGAACAUUACCGGGAUUGUCAACAAAAUCAGCAGCACUUGCACAAAUUGUCCAGGUCAACAACAACAACAACUUCAGCACCUCACAAACAUCACUCCCAGAGACUGCUCUGACAUCAGCGCACUGGGGCAGAGAAAAAAUGGGGUGCACCAGGUGACCCCUGAUCCCAGAAAUGGCAGCUUUGCGGUGUACUGUGACAUGGAGGAAUUCGGUGGCGGGUGGACUGUCUUGCAGCGUCGCAUCAACGGCAGCGUGAGCUUCAACCGCACCUGGGCUGAAUACAAGAAGGGCUUUGGUGACCCUAAAGGCGAGUUCUGGCUGGGCAAUGAUAAAAUCCACCUGCUCACCAAAACCAAGGACAUGAUCCUGCGCAUUGAGCUCGAAGAUUUUGAGGGCACACGUGGGUAUGCCAAGUACGAACAGUUCUACGUAUCCAAUGAGUUCCUCAAUUAUCGGCUGUCUUUGAGCGGGUACUCAGGGACUGCUGGAAAUGCUCUGCAGUUUAGCAAACACUUCAACCAUGAUCAGAAGUUCUUCACUACGCUGGACAAGGACAACGACAUGUACCCCUCAGGGAACUGUGGAGCGUACUACGGAUCGGGCUGGUGGUUUGAUGCCUGCAUGUCAGCAAACCUCAAUGGCAAAUACUACAAAACAAAAUACAAAGGGAAGAGGGAUGGGAUCUUCUGGGGCACGUGGCACAACCUGACUUCUGAGUACUAUCCGACAAACUACAGACAAACAUUUAAAAAUGUCAAAAUGAUGAUAAGGCCAAAGAAUUAUGCACCCUAAGCCAAAUGAAGUAUAAAUGAACAAUUAUUUUGGGGGCAGUUACGCACUUUUCCUCAAGAACAACUUAUAAAGAUAUAGCUUGUGAUUCAUUAAAAAUCCUCAAACAUUAACAGAACU